AUGAGAAGAGGGACAAGUAGCAGCACUGCGCUGAAUGCACCUCUUUCAGCUAAUAUCACCACCACCAUGGAUAAUGAGUAUGCGAAGGAAUUGAGCAAUCUACGCAAAUUGAGAGCAACCUUACAGGCCGUCAAAGAGUCCACUGACAAGAUUUUGCAAGAUGUGGAAACUGUAUAUAAAGAUAACCACCCUCAGCUUUUAGAACAGUCUAAAGAACUCGAGCAGACUAUAAACAAGAUAAUAAAGUGA